UCGGGUACGUGAGGGAUGGAUAGCCUCUAGCAAGGACGACGAUCCAGUCCGGCCGCUUAUAAUUACACGAAGCUGAAAUUAUCUCUCUGAAGUGGACAUAGCGGGCGCGUCAUCGUCAGAAUCCAGAAGGUAGAUAUACUCGAAGAACACCAGAUACCUAAGUGCUAGGGCACGGCCGCACGGCCGCUGUGUGUGCCUGUGCAUACUUGUCGUGCGCCUACGCCACCCACUCGCCUGGAACUAGCGCUAUAUAUAUGUACAUGGGUGGAUGCUUGCAUACCACCUACCCAACCCCGAUCACAGACAGCUGAAGAGAUGGCCUUCUUCUCCAAGCAGGCCACUCUCUUGUUGGUGGCAGCUCUGCUGCUGUGCCUACUCUGCCCAAGGGGGCAGGCGGCGAGGCCCGGACCAGGAUCCAGCCAGCACAAAUCACAGGGUGCUGAAUCCGCCAUUGCCCAUGAGAAGAGCGCUGCCGCAGGAACCGGGAUGGUGAUGGCGCAGGAAGAUCCGGUGGAGGCGAUGAGAGACUGCGAGGGAGGGGAAGGAGCGGAGGAGUGCCUGAUGAGGAGGACCCUCGUCGCUCACACCGACUACAUCUACACCCAAGGGAAACACAACUAGAUUAUCCGGCGUGCUGAAGCUGCUCGUGCUUACAAAGGGACUCCAUGAACUCUGCAUGAAGCCUCAAUUUCGAUCCCCAGGGACCUAGCUUGUUAAGAUGGCAUCCUUCAUGAGCACGUCAACCUGUUCUGCGGUCCUGUCCCAUGUGAAUUACUAUACCUAUAGUCGCCUCUUUUUGCAUGAUUCCCUUGUUGCCUUCUCCUUAGGUCAUGUAUCUAGUUAUCAUGCAUAUACUGUAGGUAUGUAGCUCUGUACUCGACACGCACUGUGCACACGGAUCUGCAUGUGUGUGUGUGUGUUUUUUUCGAUCGAGCAUGUGUAUUCCAUGUGCUUCAUGUCGCUAAAAUUUCUACUUGCUACAGUACUACUUUUGUACUUUUUAUAGUGAAUAUAUUAACGGGAAUACA